AACAUCGUCUAAUAACAUCAGACACACAGUCUUUAUUUCCUAGAGCAACAGACAAAAUGCGUUACUUUCUAGUAGUCCUGUUUUCCGCUCUCUGCCAUACUAUCCUGGCCAGAGGACUGCAAGAUAAUCCCGUGUUCUAUGAUCUGGAGCGGAGGCUGGUCAGAUUGGAAGAUCGCCAGUUCUCCGAGAGCCAAAAUCUGGAGCACAGAAUGCUAGAAAUGGAAGUGCAGUUGGGAACUCAACAAGAAGAUGACAAAUACACACCGUUAAAGCUGGAACCGAACUUCUACGAAGUGGAUGGAGCAAAGGUAAUACGAUUGCCUCCAUCCGAGAAUAUGAAGCUCAUUGAGAGGCUCGAAAAACUUGAAAAGAACUGGGAGAAGGAUUUGGAAGAGAAGAUUUCCAAAUUCACGUCAAAAUAUGACAAUCUGGCUGAAAGGUUCUCUGUAGUUGAAGACCAAGUUAAAGGUAAUUUGAAUGCUGAAUUAGAGGAAAAAAUAAGGAUCCCUGGUAGCAACUACAAAUGGAUCGGUUCAAAGCAUUAUUAUAUUGAGCACGAAAAUCAGCUUACUUGGUUCGCUGCCUUGAGUAAAUGUGGAAUGUUGAACGGCAAACUGGCAAGUCUCCAAAACGAAGAGGAAUGGAGUGCAAUAACGGAUCACUUGGAGGCCGACAAGAGCUACUGGAUUGACAUCAAUGAUAUUUUAGAAGAGGGAGAGUAUGUGUCCGGACUGUCUAGCCAGAUAGCACCUUUCCUGAAGUGGGAAGCUCGCGAGCCGAAUAACCUUAUCUUAGAAAACUCUAGUGAAGAUUGCGUGGAGCUGCGCAGAGACUAUAAUCAUUACAUGAAUGACAUAGUUUGCUCGGAAAGAAACUACUAUAUUUGCGAACUGAAUAUUUAAAAAUUCACAAUUUUUAUAAAUAUUUUAAACUAAUUAUUUUUGUUCAUGGUGGCUACAAAUCAUAAUAUUUAAUAGUAUAACACUAAUAUAUCCUCAUCAUCUCUUUGGCUUUACUAUUAAAUUUUAACUAAAUAAAGUUCUGAAGAUUAUUCGUAA